CUUUUCUAGCAAACGAGUUAGCCAGAAGCGCGAAGUUGAUACUUGCUCUUGCUAGCUGGGACUUUGUAGCGACACAGUAAUCUGGGACGCCCGGAGUCUCGAUUUGUCUCGUGUAACACCGACCCGCGAUAUGAAACAUCACGACCCGUCAAGCUGCUCUCGUGAAGAAUGUCGCGCGCUCCAGAGAUAAUUAACGCCCGCUCAAAUGAAAUCGAUAAACGGCCAACUUACAUACAGUGGCUUUUAUUAACACGUUGAUUGCCACGAUGAUUAUGGUGCACCGUCGUUACUGUUAAAACGAAAUAAAUGUCAUCGACUAAACAACUUCGAAGAACGUAAAGCAACUAGUACCGACGAUAUAAGAUAAGAAAUGCGCUCGUUCAACGGUAGAAAAAUUAGAUAUUAUAGUGCGUUACAUCGCGACAUUCCAACGCAGGUAUCGCGAUCUCUAGCGCGAAAGAAAAUUCGCUCGGCAGUCAACUCGUUAAGGACCAACGACGAAUGAACCCGACGUUUCGUUCGUUAUAUCUAUUAGUGAAUUUAUAUUUAUUUCACUUUAUGAUCGUUGAAGGAACUUUCUAGUAGAAGGAACAUACCUAGUAGAAAGCGAGGAUAAUAGAUGAUAGGGGUGGAGCAAUAAUAAAUAGAAGUCAUUUAAAUAUCAGUUAGUUUUAAAUGUCAACUCACAAAUGAACGUUUGCCACCUAACGUUAUUCGAGAUGUUUCUACAUCAAAGUCCCUAAUUCUCAGAUCGAUAAGGUAAUCUCCAGGAUGUAUACGAGUGUUCCGUCCACUUUUUUUUUUUUUUUACCCAAAGUAAGUCUCUGUAUACAUGGUGUAUUCGAAAUAUUCUCAAUUAUCUAGGUUAUUCAUUGGCUCGCGAUUAUACAAGGGGAGACACCCGGUCAUCCGUCAGAUGCGAGAUAAAUCGAUCCGUAGAAUCAGGAUACGGGAUAUCGGGAAUACGUAUCUCGUGGCAUGGACGGAAAUCGUAACACGGGGAGGGUACGCAGGUUCUCUUACGCGGCUUCGAGGGGAAGCCGAACGGAGGACACGAGGAGAAACAACGCGACGUAAUAAGCGUUCGUGGUUUGCUCUGCUAUGGGCAUGGGGAACGGACUCCCAGAGAGGAUCACGAGUAUUCCGAGGGAAAAGGAAAAGAGCGAAAGAGAGAGGUAGAGAGGUUGAGAGAGAAGCGCAACAAAGCGAAGGAAGAGGUAGGGAAAAAAGCACCGACAAUAGUCCAACGGCCAUGGGUAAAACGAUCAAAACAAAUGUCUCACUAGUAUAUAACAACCACAUUCCACUGCUGCCUCACGCCAUAUUUGAAUCCUUCUCGCUACCCCCUCCACCCCCUACGGUCUGUUUGUCUGCCCCCUUCUCUGGUACCGUCUCGUUUCCUCUUCGUUCCCGAACGAUCCUACACGCGUUCGUCUUCUUUGCUCAUCUCCCUCUUCGGGACCGGGCUGUUCUCGGCUCCGUCUUUUUCCUUUUCCUCUCUCGUCUUUCUCUCCCUUUCUCUCUCUCUCUCUCUCUCUCGUCUCUCUCUCGUUUUCUCUCUCGUUUUCUCUCUUCCAUUCUCUUCCAUUCUCUUCACAGCAUCUCUCUUCCUCCUCCUUUUUGCCGUUCUACAUUACCUCUGCGUCUCGUUUUCCUUCUGUUUCCUCCUUAGUAGCCAGCGUAGAGAAGGGGAAGGAGAGACCACCGCGACCGCGUUCCACGCUCUCUCACUCUCCUCGCUGUCCUUUGGGCGUGGGUAAAUACUUAAACGAGCGCCCCAAGUGUCUACCUAUCAUCGCUAAUAAACCUACGCGUUAUUGCCCUCGUGGUUCGUUUUCCUCUCGUUUUCUCCGCUCUUCGUUCUUAUCCCUUCGUACGAAGCCCCUUUCGCGGGUUGUUACUCUUCUCCUUCCUUGACUUUGACUUUCAGUUGCCUCCAAUUUCUCGAAAUAAACGACGCGAAACUCGCGCCGAUAUAAAUCACCGGCAAACGAGUGGGAAGGAUGUUUCUUUCGAAAUCGUAUCUCGUUUGUAGGUUUAUGAUCGCUGCAGAGGCCAAUUAAAGUGACGUCUUCAUUCAGCCUUAAUUACCAACCUCUCCGGCCAAGAUGAAACGGCAAGCUUGUCGUAAGAUUAUCGCUUUUCGUUCAUAUAGUUUUACCUAUCAUUAUCGAGGAAGUAGUUGGUACAGUUUUACGUUGGUUUUUAAAACUAGAAUCGUCUAUGAGUGUCGGUCGCGCAUUAUAUAGAGGUAAGAAAGAGUUGCUUGAAAGGAAUGUUGAUUCUGAUCGUUUGUUUCCGAUAAAUUUCGUUUAAAAUUCUGCGCAAAUUAUGUUUAAUUAUAUAUAACUUUCAAUAUACGUAUAUAUCGUUAUAUGUAAUUAUACGUAUAUUACAAUUAACCGUGUAACGCAUUAGGUCAAUUAUUAUUUAUCGCUGUUCAUUAUUUUCUAUGAUACAUUUGUGCGUUAUUAUCCUACGCUGUAUGAACCAUUCAGUGGGCUUUUCCAUUACAAAAUAAAAUGACUGAUGCUUGUAUGAUUCGGCUCUCGCUGGGUGAAUGUUAAAUUAUACGUAAAUUAUUACAAAUCGCUCGGCGUAUUGACCGAAAAUUUCACUAUGUGCGUAUAAGGUGUUAUUAUCAUCGCGCGAUCCUGGCGAAUGUGUCGUCAUACAAUGAAAGCUAACGAGCACUUCUUUCUAACUCUACACAGUACGUCUCGUGUUAACUGCGGCAAUUGAAGAUCGUCGAGAAGUCCUUCUUUAAUGUAUUGUAAUAUAAUCUCAUACUGAUAGAAAAACCUCUAUGUGUAAACUGUAAACACUAUAGCCAGCCGUUCAGACACAAUAUGUACGUAUGACUCUUACAGGAAAUCUCUCCUUAAGAUAGCGACCGUGCAGACGAUAAGACCGACUCAUUGACGACUCGACGAGUACCUCUCCCUCUCGUAACGAGAUACAGUUUCGAGGUGGAAAAGGGUGUUCUCGAAUCUCAUGGUAAAAGGAUCUCGCGUAGGUUGUCGCGGAAAAGCGUAAAAUCGGCAGAGCGCGGAAGUGUCGCCGCGAGGGUUGGCAAGGAUGUAAGGGGCGCGUUCCCACGACCGAAAUCGUAGUUUAUCACGCUAGAACAGACGAUGCGCUCAGUUUUCGUGCUCGCCGUUGGAUGGCGUCCCUUCUAUCGUCUUGCAAUCAUCGAUAGAAGGUGGCAUUACGACAUCCAUGCCAUUCGUGCCAUUUUUCUCUCGAAACCAAAACUAGAUCAAUAGCAAAGCAAUUUAACGGCUCUUCUGAACUUAUUAUGCCAAUAGAACGAAGUAAUUUCCCCUCGAACUGUUCUAAACUGCAUUUCCCGCGAAUCCCACUUCGAUCGCCUAAGUUUCGUUAUCGAUCACUGGAAACCAGUAGUUGUUUUUAGUAGUCGUCGUUAAAUUAUCGGCCAGAUAUUUAUUUGCAGCGCAAAUAAGGAAUAGAAAUCAACCUGUCUUUGAUUAAUGCACGUUGAGCCGCAUUAUCGCCCCAUCUCGUCCCCGAAAGACCGCGUCGCGGAGGGUCUCCGUUUUCCCACGGUUCACCGGACUCUGGCGAACGCGCUGCCACGGAAUUCCAGGUCGAGACCAACCAGGAACUGCGCCGCAUACUGGAGAACGUGGCGCAGCUGAAUAAAGCAAGGAGAUGCGCUCCGCUCGCUGGCUUACUUCGACAUUUUAAUUUUUUACGCGCCGCGGUUAGAUCGAUGUAUGCUCCGAGUCACAGGCACAGUGAAAAGCGAGUAUACACCUUACAAAAAUGUGCAUCACUUAAUCUUAAUCACUGAAUCUUACCUACGGAUUUACGGAUCACGGAUCGGUCUUUCUCCUUAAUUUGUAUUUUUAUUUAUUUGAUAUUCUGCGUUUAAAUUGCCUUUAAGGUAUACAGCAGGUAUCCACCACGUUUGAGAGAUCGCGCAUUUUAUUUGUUACCGAGUUAUUAAACUGUCGCGCAAAAAGAAAACGUCGAUCUUUGAAAGUUCAUCUAUAAAGAUAAAGUUAAGAGGGCGACAGGACCUGUUGAAACGGAGCGUGCAUUAUCGAAGCUAAACCGGUUUCCGAUUCCAUUAACAUGCUCAUUACGAGCAAUACUCACAGCGAAGGAAUUCGCCGGACGGCAUUCCAUCUCGAUUUUAUGAAUUUCUGAUCUCAAUGCGAUUCCAAUGCCGGCUACGAUCACAUGGGUGGAAGAUACCACUUCGUGGCAUUAGCCCAGAUUCUUCAACGGGACAUAGUGCCAGAAGAAUCACAGUAUGAUUUGUGGUCGAGCGUAUCGAAACGAUCGAAUCGUAGAUCGGUCGGUUACGAGCUUAACGGAGCAUCGUUUCUAGACCGCGAAUUUUUAUGAAAAUUCAGCAUGAAAAAAAGAUUAAAGGACUAUUCGUUUUUCGUAUCAAGCGUUAUAAAUAUAUUUUGGACAUUUUGUUUGCGCACGUCAUGUGUAUUUUAUGAAUUUUUAUAUCUUUAAAUUUCCUAAAUGGCAUACAUUGGCAUACAGAUCCGCGAUCUGAUCCCUUCAAGUCUGCUCAACGAGCGAAUAACGUUGAUGAAAACGAAUAUUCAGACGGGAUAUUUGUAAAGGGCACGGAAAUGAUCCAAGUAAAAAACCCCAGUACGAAAUUCUAUGCAUCGUCGUACACUUCAAUCUCUUAUUCAGCGGAACCGACCUUCUCAAUUUCCCUCGUUUAACGUAGCCAGGCUAUUGAAGUUCGUCAUUUCGAGGGAGGGAAACUCGAAGUAGUCGAUACGAUCAAUCCAUUUGUAACGACUGUGACCGAGUAUAGCCUGGACUCAAAUACAAGAUACGUAGUAAGAUAACGUAACGAGUUCAAAUCGUUUCAGAUCGUAUUCUCUUAUUGCUAAUCAAUUUUCUGCGUUUAAGAAAAGUAUGAAACAAUCGUUAACGGACAAAAGAAAGUUUUUAAGAUAAGAAGAACAAAAAGACGACAUAAUUUUACGAAAUGGACGACUGUCGCCGAUAUGCUAAAAAAGCUUCGAUACGAAGGUUUGAGAAAAGACUGACAUUCCGAUCGUAUCGAUUAGAGAUAUUUCUUUUAUCAGUCACUGUGCAGGGCUUCCCCACAUUUAUAAAGACACUCGACGAGACUGGUUCGUACCAGCGCAUCAGAUUUAAAAUUCAGACCGUAGUAACGGUAUGGUACGCGGUCCAUUAUCAAUUUUCCAUUUUCAUUGCAAAUGAUCAAAAGCUCAGAAACUGGUGUGUAUGUGAAAAACAGGAAGCGCGCCGUAGGCGAGGCGGAUCGAGCUUAGCCGAUCGGUGGAAAGAGAGAAAGAAAACAAGUAGAGUCGGCUUCUACGCUCUGGCCGUAAUAUUGCGUAGCCGUUGGAAGUGACGGAAGCCGCGGGGGUUGCUCGUGCGGCGGGGGGUUCCAGAUGGUAGCGUAAGUCUGUACGGAGGAGCUGCAAUAGGUGAGCGUAGACGAGUGGCCAGAGUGGGGAUGGGUGCGAGGGUGGAGGGCGGAGCCCAUCCUUUCCUUACUGCGCACUUUCUUACCCCUCCGCUGGUUGGCAUUCAACCCUCGACACAGUCGGCAUCCGUGGGUACACAGUUCGCUCGUACAAAAAGGUGGUGGCGCGUGCUGCUUUCCUUCAGUAUCUCUCGUUCGUUGCUACACGGUGUAACAUCGCCCCGUCCCUCGCUGUAAGGGCAGGUCGUUGUCAUCGUUGUCAUCGUUGUCAUCGUCCUCACUUGGGAUACACGGCUACGUGUGUUAGACAGUGCGUUCUAAUCGUGUGUACAACUGUGUCUCUGGCGCCACGAGAGCAGCGUGACUUGACGUGCGUGCACGCGAUCCAGCGAUCAUCGCCGUCACGAACGUGCGUCGACCCUUUGGUUUACGUCCACCACGAGGUCGUCCGACGCGUCGCCACCAACGGGAUAUCGGGACAGCGACCCGCGCCGUGUCCUCCGUCCUUGCUCUACGAGAUAUUAAUCGAUGGGAAUAUCGGCGAAGGAACAGGACACGAAGACGAUUCGCAUAUGUCGGCGAAAGUGUUAAGCAACGGAGGUUGAAAGUGUUCUCGUAAAGGAGAGAGAAGAUCGACUGUGUACUGUGAAACGAGUGGCAAGGUCCUGUGGUUUGAUUCGUUAAACUCAACUUGGAUCGAAGUGGAAAUCGAUGGCGCCGUUCAACCUACCUAGUCAUCGAUGUUAUUUCUUCAUCGGAAGGGACUGAUGUUCGGCUCAUCCUCGAUACAGGAUUGAGCCCGAACAACUGUACAACAGCGCGAGGAGAGAUGUCUCUUCUACCAUCGACCGAACGAAUCUCCGAUUGGUCCUGAGUCUCGUCGAUCUUCCUCGAAUCUUCAUCCACCGCAUCUUCGAUUCUUCUUCGAGUAAGAAAAAAAGGGAAGAAACACGUUCAUCGAGAAAUCUUCAAGAAGAACCGGAAGACUGGAUCGAGUUCGAGGAAGAUGAACGACAAGAUAGCGAGAGAGAGAGAGAAAGAGAGAGAGAGCCGUUUGAGUCAGUGUAGGCGAUAGACAGCGGAGAAGAAUAUCGAAUCGUGUUCUUCGAAGGUCCGUCUUCGAAGUGACGAUUAUCCGGGAAAUUUUUUGUCCAUCAUCUGCGAGAAAUCCAAACAUGGAGCCGUUAACGUGGUGCACGCGCAGGCUCGGUGGUAGCGUAGCGGCGUCCGAGGAGUCGACGAUCGCCGUGACUCUCGCGAAGGUUGCCGCCACGACCUCCUCCCGUCUCUCGACCAACGCUAACCCUGUCAACGGUUGUUCUUCCACCACGACCUGGAUCUGCGAAACCAUCUGCCGUCUGACUGACACUAGCGAACAUGCGAACAGUGUUCUCCGUCACUGUCACUGUUGGUCAGGCAGUGCCACACCAGGACACGACGGACCGCCACUUUCUCUCUUCUUGCCGAAUCGUCAAAAUCAAAGCAACGUUUGCGAUCUCUGCGAGCGUCUUCGUGGACGGAGCUGCGAUUAUUCUACGCUAGACGAGAAAAGCACGGAGGGACGUUUCGAUCGAAUAACAAGACGCGGGCAACGACAAGUGGUGAAUCGUGACGUAAAUCACACCAUGAUUUCCUCCAAGAUAUCACAGCGCGACAGGUUGGUGUCCGACGCUUCCUCGACCAGCUACGUCUCCAGCGUCGUACGGUGGAGUUUGAGGCCGGAGAGAUCGUUUCGCUGGACCAGGCAGAAGCACGCGUUAGCCUGGACGAUUUUGUUCCUAUUGGUACUCGUGCCCUCCACUUCCGCGAACCUGCAAAAGGGAAUGUCAAGAGGUUCCUCCAAAGAAGAGGGAGUGUGCCAAAGCAUAGACAUAAGAAACAGCGUGCGUUAUUUCUCAAGACUGAAGGGAUGCCGACUAGUCGAAGGCUUCGUACAAAUUUUGCUGAUCGACAACGCCGAGUCGUCGGAGUAUACCAAUAUCUCUUUCCCGGAACUGAAAGAGAUCACCGGAUACCUGCUUCUCUAUAGGGUAAAAGGGCUGCGAAGCAUCGGUCGCCUGUUCCCUAAUCUGACCGUGAUUCGAGGCCAUUCUCUCUUUAUAAAUUACGCCCUUGUCGCGUUCGAGAUGAUGAACCUGCAGGAGAUCGGGCUGCAUAGUCUAACUACCAUCGUAAGGGGUUCCAUUCGUUUCGAGAAGAAUCCCGCGCUUUGUUACGUGGACACUAUCGACUGGGACCUGAUUGCUAAGGCUGGCAAAGGGGAACACGUGAUCGCGGGGAACAAUCCGAAAAACGGAUGCCCAGUGUGCGAGAAGCACUGUCCGCAAAGACAGACCAAGUCGGAUGAAUACUUAUGUUGGAACCAGCAACACUGCCAACAAAUCUGCGAUCAAAAGUGCGAGAACAACGCGUGCGACGAGUCCGGAACAUGUUGCCAUCCGUCGUGUCUAGGUAGGUGCUCUGGCCCGACGAAUCGCGACUGCAUGGUCUGCAAAGACGUGGUAACCGACAACAACGAGUGCAGGGAACAUUGCCCUAACGGUACCUUGGAAUUCAUGAACCAUCGAUGCAUCAACGAGGAGAGGUGUCUUGGAAUGCAGAAACCACGGGAAGCGUUCAACGUGAAGAACUACCCGUACAAAUCGUUCAAUGGAAGCUGCAUAAUGGAGUGUCCACCGGGCUACAUGGACGAAGAAUCAAAUGGCAAAGUGUCGUGUAAAACAUGCGAGGGACCCUGCCAGAAAGAGUGUGCCGGAGCGAACGUGGACAGCAUCGCUUCGGCGCAGAAACUUCGCGGAUGCACUCACAUCACCGGCAGUUUAGAGAUCCAGCUUCGAGGUGGGAAGAAUAUCGUGAAAGAGCUAGAGGACAGUCUGAGCGCCAUAGAAGAGAUCUACGGCUACUUGAAGGUCGUGCGUAGCUUCCCACUGAUAUCUCUCAACUUCCUGAAGAACCUGCGAGUGAUACGCGGCAACGACAUCGACAGCUCAAAAUACUCGUUAAUGGUAAUGGACAACCAGAAUCUACAGGAACUCUGGGACUGGAGCUUGCACAAAGAUAUCAAAAUCCUGUUGAACGGUGACAUAGGGAAGAUCUUCUUUCAUCUAAAUCCGAAACUGUGUUUGUACAAAAUCGAGAUGCUUCGAGAGAAGGCGGGUUUACGACCUUUCACGGAUUACGAGGUGGCGUCUAAUAGCAACGGCGACAAAGUCGCGUGUAACGUGACCGAACUGAGGACCAGGGUUGGUAAGAAGUCACCGUGGGGUGCGGUGAUCGAGUGGGAACCGUUUAUUCACCACGACGCCAGGUCUCUUCUUGGAUACGUGGUGUAUUUCAUCGAGGCACCCAACAUGAACGUAACGAUGUACGAUGGCAGAGACGCGUGCGGCGGAGAUGGUUGGAAGGUCGACGAUGUGUCCCCAAGCACAAAUACCACCCUGAUGGAAGGAUCCAAGUUUGGGUCUGGUCGACAGGAGAAGAGCGUACACACGCAUUACUUGUCUCAGCUGAAGCCAUACACGCAGUACGCUUAUUACGUGAAGACUUACACUAUUGCCACGGAAAGGUCCGGAGCCCAGAGCAACCUAACAUACUUCAGAACGAUGCCGGAAGCUCCUAGCUCGCCCAGGUUCCUUACGACCUGGACUAAUUCGAGCAGCGAGCUGAUCAUGUCCUGGCUGCCACCUCUUCACAAGAACGGAAACCUAACGCACUAUCGGAUCUUUGGACGAUGGGAGCCAGACGACCCUAAUUUCAUCGAUCAGAGAAAUUAUUGCGAGGAACCUCUAAUGACGACAGAUAAGAAGGCGCUCGCAGAGGAGGAGAGGAAACGAAUAGAUGAAGAGAAAGAGCGGAUAAUACCUGAAACUGGCACCUGCGAGUGUUCUGAUCGAGAAGACGAUCAGUCUUUUCGAGAGAAAGAAGCGUCCAGCGCGAUCGAAUUCGAAGACGCUUUACACAACCAGGUCUAUAUAAAACGGAAACCGAAGAAGAAGCGCGACGUUUCGGAGAUGUCGUUCGUUCUAUCCAGGAAAACGAAAUCGUUGGAUCUAGAUCAGCCUGUAAUGGAAAAGAUCGAGAACGGAACGUACAUAAUGUUCGAGCAAUUUGUGCCCAGCAUGAAUCUCUCCUUCGUAAUGAAAAACCUACGCCACUUUGCCGCUUAUAACAUCGAGGUGCAGGCUUGCAGAGCACAGGAAAUGAACGACACUUACAAGAAAUGCUCCACCAAAAGUAUGAAAACCUAUCGCACGUUACCGCUGGAAGGCGCCGAUAACAUUCCUCCCAACACCAUCAAGAUAAGCAUAUCCGGUGAAAAUAACAGUCUCGCCAUGGCUACUGUGCAAUGGGACGAGCCACCUCAGCCCAACGGUCUGAUCAUCACCUAUCACGUCGAGUACAAGAGGGUUGACAUAGAAAACCACAAUCCGACCGUGGUGUGCAUCACGAGGCGGGACUUCACGAAGGCAGGCAACUCGUACGUCCUUAAAGAGCUUUCCGCCGGAAACUACUCCGUGAAAGUUCGAGCGACGAGUCUUGCCGGCAAUGGCGCCUAUACGCACGCAAAAUACUUCUACAUCGAGGAAAGAAACACCCUAAAUACGAUGCAGAUGAUGUUCGGGGUGUCAUUGUGCGUGAUCAUAGUGUUCGUUAUCAUCGUCUUGUCUCUGUUCUUCUAUAAACGAAAGUUCUCGAGGAACAUCCCUAAUGUGACGUUGAUCGCAACCGUGAAUCCGGAGUACGUGAGCACUCCGUAUGUGUUGGACGAAUGGGAGGUACCAAGAGAAAAGAUCGAGAUGCUGAAAUCGUUGGGAACUGGCACAUUCGGCAUGGUUUACGAAGGAAUAGCUAAGGACAUCGUGAAGGGUAAACCGGAAGUACGGUGCGCUGUGAAAACGGUGAACCAGGACGCCACUGAUCGGGAGAGAAUCGAGUUUCUCAACGAAGCAUCCGUGAUGAAGGGUUUCGACGCUCAUCACGUGGUCAAGCUGCUUGGCGUGGUAACUCGUGGGCAACCAACCUUGGUCAUUAUGGAGUUGAUGGUGAACGGCGACUUGAAGAGGUACUUGAGGAGUCACAGGCCAAGCAAGUGCCAGAACAUGAUUAACGCGUCACCAAAAUUAGACAGGAUACUUCAGAUGGCAAUUGAAAUCGCCGAUGGAAUGGCCUACCUCUCUACGAAGAAAUUCGUGCACAGAGAUCUGGCCGCACGGAAUUGCAUGGUUGCGGAAGAUUUAACGGUAAAGGUGGGAGACUUUGGAAUGACCAGGGACGUCUACGAGAGGGACUAUUAUCGAAAAGGAAGCAAAGGAUUGUUGCCAGUCAGAUGGAUGGCACCAGAAAGCUUGAAAGACGGUGUUUUUAGCACUUAUUCGGAUGUGUGGAGCUAUGGAGUCGUGUUAUGGGAAAUGGUGACGUUUGCAUCGCAGCCAUACCAAGGUCUAUCGAACGAGCAGGUUCUGCGGUACGUGAUCGAAGGAGGAGUUAUGGAACGGCCACAGAACUGUCAAGAGUGGUUGUAUGAACUGAUGAAGCACACCUGGAGACACAAAGCAACCAGAAGACCCACGUUCAUGGACAUCGCUAGUAUGUUGCUAAAGCACAUCGACUCGGAACGUUUCCAGAAUGUCAGUUUCUAUCACAGUGUAGAGGGAGUGGAAGCAAGGAAUCAAAACAAAUCCAACUCACCACAUAUAGAUGAGCAUUUGGAGCUGGCUACAUUGCAAGAUCUACAAGAAGAGGAAAUGGAAGGGGAAGAAGAUUCUCCAUUGAGGCAGGAUUUCGGCGAUUUCGCGAGCUUCGCGCCAAACAGUAUUAAGAACAGUUUCAGUCCCCGUUUCAGAAUGGAUUCGUACGGCGAGAACUCGAAAACAAACUCGAACUGCCACGACAUGAACUCAUCGAACGUGCCGUUGAAGGCCGGCUUCGACGAUUUCGACGGUGUAUCUGCAGAUUCGAUUGCCUCGGGCAAAGACGUACUAAACCUGCCAUUCGUCGAGGACAGUUUAAAAUCUGUUAAGAGUUCUCCGUUUAUAAACGCGAAGAGCACCUCGCGAAGCAACCUGAGCCAGCUAUCGAUCAGCAACAGAUCAGGGAGUCCGAAAAAUCCCAGCAAAAGAAGUUUCCUGAGCAGCCCGAAUUCUUCGAAGCUGGUGAAUCCAGAUUACGAGAAUGGUAGCCCGGAGAUUUUGUCGGCCGCGGAGAAGAGGGAAGCGGUGCCGCUGCGAGUCGAUUUCCUAUCGAUGGACACCAUAAAUAUCGACAACGGUAUGGAGAAAAGGGAAAUGAAGUCACCGGUUGAGUACGUGAACAAACCGGAGACAUUAAACAACGGCUACAUAAGUGGUACAACCACGUAGUGUUAACAUUUUCGCACCCUAAGUUCGUCGUUGCCCAAGCAACACGACGUCAAGGGUGCGACUGGAUCUACCGGAAGCGAUUUAACAUCGCGCACGUGGACUGCUGGUGUCAGUCUCUGAACGUUGUGGUGAAAUAUAUUCGGGAUGGUCUGACACGAGACAUUGAAGAGUAUUCUGGGAUCGAACGAACCUUCGAAAGGGGCAGUGUCUGUAAGACGACUGGCGAGUCAGACUUUCCAACAAACGUUCCAAUAAUUCUGCGACGCGUUUUCUACGUACAUAUGCAUGCUCACAUCGCGCCUUCGACCGAGUGGUGUUUUAAAAACGACAAGUUCCAAGUUGUAAGUGGUAUUUUAAGUCUUUAGAUGCGUUUAAAUAUGUCCUUGCUUAUCCACGACGUUGACAAAUUAUUUUCGUAGAAAACGUGAACGUCCCUUGAUUUCGUCUCUCUAAGUAUCCUAUUAUUACGUUCGUAAGAUAUAUUACAUUAUAUACAAAACCGUGUUUUUCAUUUGCGCGCAUCCGCUUGUUACAGCAGACACUGCCUUUUCACGUCGAAAGAAAGAAGCGGCUCGAAAGUGUGAGACGAAUUCGACAAUGUUUUCCGAAUAGUCCGGAGAAAAGCGACGAGAACGAAACUAGCGUCCCAUUACAGGCCUGAUGAAUAACGGCCGAGGUAUGAUAAAACACGCGAUCGCAUCGAAGAUUUGCGAUUUGCGAUUCAUGUUCUGUGCAUAUAUAAAUAUGUAUAUACUCAUAUAUAUAUAUAUAUAUAUAUAUAUAAUAUACAUACAUAAAUAUGUAUAUACAUAUAUGUAUAUUUAUAUAUGCACACACGCGCCUGUAUAUAUAUAUACAUAUAUAUAUUCCGUUAAUGCGCUUUUCUUCGUUCGAACUAAUCGUAAGGUGAAGGGAACAUCGGCUUCCUUUCGUUGACCGCGUUUACAAAUCAAAGUGGCAAUUAGGCGAGCCAGCCGAUCGGUUACGGCGGUUUUAUAUUUUACAAGAAAUAGACGCGAAUCACUGUUUUAAUUGCCACUUUGCACGACUGUAGGCUUUUACGAAUGCCAUUAUUACCGUAGAUUAGGUCGUUCGACGAUCGUUAGAGAAGAAAUAUAUGUGGAAACGAAUCGAAUAGGUACGCAUCUUGUCGAGUUAUCCCAUAUUUUUAAAGAGAUCUAUCAACGAUAAAGUGUCAUUGUUAUUGUCAUGGACAGAUAUAAGAAACCGGUUGAUACAGCUUCGUUCGUAUUCCUCUUGUUUUUAUUUCGUAUAUCGGAAGGUAAUCUUACAGAGGACGUGGUAUCCAGGGAAAUUCAACGUGUCUCCAUAUAUAUUUAUUCCUUGCGAUUUCCCCGUGGUGGCUGCGAGAAACCAGUUACCGUGGCUCGAUUCAUUCGUUCGAGGGAAAUCGGGAUUCUGAAACAGAAAUCCUCGAAAUCGUGCAAUAGAAGCAUCGCUCGCGGCCUUGCGUUCGAGCGCUGUUCGCUACCCGUUGUUCUCUCGUUUGGUGCUAACACGAGCGUGUCGAUAAAGAAAAAAGGAAGAGAGAAAAGGAAAAUGGGCGGUUAACGAACAAAGAGUUUCUCGCACUGCCGAAGGUUAAGGGAAAGAAAUCGAACAUGAGUUCAGAAGCGCGUUCCACCGUGCUUUUGAGUUAGGCGAGAGAACGUAGACUGUUUAGCUCGAAGUGAUAGAGCCCAGGUCGAUCGAAGCGAUCGAUUCUGGCGCGUGUGAAAUCGUCAAAGUACGUCGAUAGAUAGAACGUCGAGCAAAUCAGAAAAAAGAGUCCACCGCCAGCGACGCGACGCCGCAGUUUGAAUUUAGACGUUAACGAGCCUCUAAUAUAAGACUGAUUAGCUAAUCCCAUUUAUUACAUCCGUAUUCGCUGAGUAAGUUUACGACAUGGUAGAAGUUCCAUAUAUCUACGUACGUAUAUAUACAUAUUUUUUCAUCUCCGUAAACGUUGCCCUCUCUUUUGUUUUUCUGUUUCAUGGAGCAUUCACCGCGAUACGGAUAUAUCGUCUCCUUUAUCUUCUCGAGACUACUUACUAUCGCUCGUACUUUGUUCCUUUCUCGCGUCCUUCGCGCGCUGCUGGAAUCGAACCGAGUGUUUCGCAAGCAGACGAAAGCGGAAGCAGAACGAAAGUCUGUUCGAGAGAUCAUCCGCGAUGUCGACGAGGCGCGAUCGAAGGAAACGGAAAAUCGAAUUCCGCGGCAACGUGAAUUCGGUAAUCCAGACUGGUUACGCGCCCGAGACAAUUAACCAGUGUAAGGAAAAAAACAACUUGAAACACGCACGUUUGUCCGUUAGUCGUUCGGUGUUGGCCCGUAGAACGCGUUUCGAGAAAAAGGAAACUGGAAUUCGAUUCGUCGACGUUUACGGCGCGCGCCGUUUUCACUCGGUCAUCCUCACGGAACGCUUUCUUUGCCUUCGCGACCGAAACACCGCUACGCACUCGAUGGCCAGAAGCUAACCGCUAGAACGAGAUUCGAGCACCAGUGACCUAAUGUCAAAGUACCUACUCUAUUCGCAACGCUUUGCGCAUUAUUCGUGCAUCAUAGGUCGAAGCAACGAGAAUCGUACAAAAACACGCGACAUAGCUGCGAUUCGACAGCAAGACCGCGCGUGUUCCUGCUCGACGCGUCCGCUCGCGGACGAGAGCGCGAUCGACAUCGAAACGAAGAUCGAAAUCGAGAUCGAGUCGACUGUAUGUUUUCACGAGUGCGAUUUAUUUUCGUACGCGUAAUCUGUUAACGAUGCCAAAACGUGGCGCCUGGCGUGAUCGUCGAUUCUUCCUCGAUUUUCGCGUCUUUUCUCGGAUUACCCGCGUCAUCUCGUCGCGUCCAAGUGCCAACAUGUCGAGAUGUGUACGCGCGAUCGGCCAAUGAAACGCGACGAGAGAGGACGAGAUAAAAAUCGCGAUCGCUGCAAUCGUUCUGAUCGCUGGAUCGUGUUCGAGGAUCGCUGAGAAAGCAUUUUGGCCCCUCGUAGCUCUUGCUGUUUCGCCUAACGUUCAAGGCGAUUCUUGUUCUCGAAGCUGUUCCGUGGAGCGUCGAGCGAGCAGAGACUCGCAGGUUGCCAGUUCUAGGAAAGAACGGAUCGCGCGGUUUGAUUCGUCGAGAAGGAUCAGCCGCGCGGUUGAUCGUUGUAUUAUAAAACAAUGUGAAGCCUCGCUCGUAUUCUAAAGUAUUUAGUGUAACUCGAAUAAACAGUUAACGCUUAGACCGUACGCGUACGUGGCGCGCGUGCAGCCGCGCGUCGUCGUAUGCAUACGGCAUUGUAAGAUUAACCAGAAAUGUUUCCUACGAAGUGACGAGUACUGUCUAUAUCACACAAAGUGGCUCGUGGCUCUAAAAGAAUGAAGUUUCUUAGGCCUAUAUAGUUUUGAGACCGUGUAAUAUAUAAUAUAUAUUAUAUAUAUAUUAAUAUAAUAUAUAUAUAUAUAUAUAUAUUAAGGACGAAAAACCUGGUAUUACAGAGAUAACGCGUAAGAUUAUGGGAACGACUGCGACCGCGUGUAUCCGUUGAAAGAAGAAAAUUAGAAUAAUCGUGUGUCUGUGAAGAAAAUGAUUGACUGUGAAACGACGAAUGCGUGUGUGGCUUAUUUCGCGACGCAAACGCGCGAAAUCGAUGCUAGCGAUCGCAGCGAGACAGAAAUUUCAACGGGUGAUAAGCUCGUCUGGCCUGUAUCGAUAUGAUACGUACGUACUCUGUGUAUCGAUCACCUAGCCGAACUGAUGCACGUAAUUUCGUUGUGACCGCGAGAACGCGAUCGGUGAACUGUUUCGACGAAAGAGGAUGAGCGACCGUUCGAAGGAGACGUUUGAAAGGAACUGUUUCCACGCGAAAGCUAUCAAAAACCGUUUUCAAAAUUCGUCGAUGGUUAAACGUUGACAGUUGGACCUAUCGUACGUUCAACAGAUUCGGCUGAACGAUGAGUAAAUUCAUUCCUCGAUUCCAUCUCGGCGCCUCUUGUUUUCCAACACUCGCGUUCAUUCGUGGGAAAUUUUCUCUCCUCGGACGAACGCGCCUAAUCGCUCGCCAUUUUUUUCUAAGGGAUCCGCGUUCGAUUUGGCGCGCUCUGUUUCCGUUUCCAGCGAUUUUUUACCCGUUUUUUCCCCUCUGUCCUUUUUUCUAUGUUUAACACAACGGUUAAACGUUUUCGUUAACGUUUGCAUUUCGUCUAUUUUUUCUUUUUCUUCGUUGUCUUUUUGGGACCGAUUCGCGAUAAUACAUCUAUCUUCGCGGAAAACGUAGCAGCGUAAUUUAAGUAACACACCGAGGACUGCCCUCUUGUUCCUAUUCCAUAUCCUUUCUUUUUACUCUUAACACUGCAAUUUACGUACGAUUAGUCAUGUACAUACAUAACACGAGUAACCUAAGAUUUUCUUGUAUUUACGUUUAGAUUUUUAGGUAAAGGUAACACAUUUGACAAACAAAAAUUUCGAUUCCGACAACACCUUCCUUCGGAUUUAUCUUCGACUGUAACUCGUUUAGUAUUCUUUUUCGACACCUUUUCUUUCUCCCUCCCUCUCUCUCUCUCUUUCUCUCUCUCUCUCUCUCUCUCUCUCCCUCUCUCUUUUUAACAUAAUCUCGCGUUUGUUCGCGUGCGAAACUGCCUCUUAGUUAGUUCUGGCCAAAAGACAACGUUUUCUCUCACGACUGCUCAAUGUUAGAUUGCUCAAGCUCUGGUCUGAUCUGUAGUUAGCGUGAAAUCAAUCAGGGAAAUAUUGCCACAAGUCCUCCGUGCCGAGAAUCGCAUUGACGACGACAGUGCACAAAAGAAGGAAGAGGAAAUCGAACGAGAAAGGAAAUUCCACGCGUACUCCUUGAAAAGAAAAAAAAGAAAUAAUAGUCUCCUUCUCUACCCCUGUUUCUUUCUCUCAUAUUCCUCUCGUACACACACACGCGUUUCAUUUUACCAUUUUUAUUCCCGUGCUCCUAUUAUUUUUCGCAAUCAUUUUUCGUUCCCUAUUGUUUUUCUCUUUUCCUGCCUGUUCUUGAAGACUUUUACUCGCGUAUCUGCGAUACCACCAUAUACGUUUAACGCCCUUCUAGAGGAAAAAAAAAAUAAUGAAGAAGAAAGAAACACUGACACCGACCUCCUCGGAGAAACCACUAAUUUUUAUAUAGGGAUCUUGUAAACGAAGUUUUUCUACGCUGACUGUAUUUUGCAUAAGGACAAAAAAAAAAAAAAAAGAAAAAAGAAGAAAAGGAAAGAAAGAAAAGAAGUCAAAAGAUAUUUUAAAAUAUCACGUAUUGUUAAUCCGACUGCUAGAAUUACCGUACUAUUAGUAUUGUUACGUUUAAGCCCGUAAAAGGAAAAAAAUGCAAAAGAAGAAAUGAUCAAUACGAACGCAAGCAUGUUUCGUUUUGCCCUGUGGGCCGUCGUAGAAACGAAUGCGACCUCGUCCAACGAUUCUCGUUCCCGAUCGACGCACCACGGGAUCGAUAAUCGUUCGAUGACCGCGUCGUCGUUCGUUCGUUCGUUCGUUCAAUUUGUUCGUCGAACAAAACUGGUGGACGUUUUUUCCUAUUAUUUAUUUUUUUUGUAUAUACAUUAUUGUCGUAUUUAUUUGUCAAUAAAGAGCUUGCGAUGCGCGGAUACAAAGAUGCUUUCAUCAUCGGCCUUUACCUUCUACACACACGUCCGAUAUCGGUUAUCGACAUGUUCAAACGGUUACGCUCCUUCGUUGUACAGAGUGUUCAGUAAGAGUGGCGCUACGACCGAACGAGCAACGAUUCGCCGUGAAAAAGUAAGUCGAAAUUGAAGAGCAAAGUUUUCGCGUACGAGGCUUCGUUUUCGAGAAAAACAAUUUUGAAAAUCUACUUGCCUCGCGCGUGUCGAGUCGAAGUUUCAACUUGGCUUCUGUUUCUGCUCGCGUUUGUAUCUAUAAAUAUCAACAAUAUCAUUGUCCGCUUCUUAUCGUUACGUAUCAUACUUUCCAUCGAGCUGUAUCACGUACAGUUUCUUUUAUUGCGUUUGAUUCGAAUGAUUUCAUAAAUAAGAACAGAACCGCGUAUUAGAUUUAGACAAUGAAUUGUAUUCGCGUUGAAAUUGUUCGAAAUAUCGUCCAUAACGUCUGAUACGCGGUUGUGCUUCUCCAACUAAAUUAUAGCCGUUGUAACGUACGAUUUAUAUUUUCAGUUUCUCAAGAACAGGGACAAUGAUCGCUCCUGCUUGCUGCAUACUCUCAAGUCAAUUGAACUCGGUCAAUUUAAAUUUUAACAAUUUAAGGACAGCACCGUGCAAACAUCUCGAAUCGCUUUCCUUACAAAACGAAGGUUCAUAAGCGAAAGCUUUGUUCCAUAUGUUCGAAGUAUUUUUUCACGACGAAUCGUUUCUUGUUCGGCUGUGUAUCACCAGUCAUCCGACACGAUCUACGAAUAGAUUAAAAACAGAAACGAAAUCGGAGGAAAUUUUUAUUUACGCUGACCCGGCAAAUUGCGCUAUGUGUUCCUCGUUGUUCCUAUCAUCGUCAACAUUUUACGUUAUCUGGUCGAUUAUAAAUAAUAACCGCGCGAUAGAGACGGUAAUCACUGAUAGGUGCUCAACUACCGCCAACGACAAUAGAAGAAAAAUCCGAUUGUUAGAUCGUUAUAGAUAAAUAGAACGUCCUAGAGAUUUUUUGAAAAGUUUCAAUUCCAAGAGAAGAAAUGAGAUUCCAACGAGAGCUGGCGUCCGAAGAACGACAAUAUCGUGAUCAUCGGCACGCGCAUUGGUGGCCGUGUGAUUAUAUCGGGAAAAUACCGUGCGAUGUCAUUUCCAACCAGUCCUUGGUGCCGUACGGCCUACUCGCCAAGAAAAUUCCUUUUCGGGACGGUGACGUACAAUGAGCGGCUGAAUUACGAUCGCGGGACACGCCUGGUUUCGUAACCUGGUCGCGAUUUUGCGCCACUGUUUCCAGACACCUUUGUUUUUUCUCCUUUCUCGAUAAUAUGGUGCACUUGAAAAUGUACGCGAACAUCUUCUCUCGUUUCGCAAGCCAAUUCGAAACACGUAGCUGACGACAGGCGACCGAAUUUUAUCUUGGAAGCGAUUCGCAGUUUUUCACCGCACUGUGGCAAAUUCGAAUCGUUUCUGAACGUUAUUCGAAGCUUGGAACCUUCGAACGUUCUCAAGAUUCUUUACGAUUUGGAUACGUUUUACGAAUCUUGCGAGUUUCGCAUGUCUUGGAAGUCUUGCAACUCGAAACAUUAACAUUCGUUCGAAAUAUUAAUAUUCGUUGGAAACCACGAAGACGAACAGUGGAGAUAAAUACGUGUACAAUUGGAAGAUUUUAAACUUUCAUCGAGGGUGUCUUUAGAUUAUCAAUAUAUAUAUAUAUAUAUAUAUAUAAAUUGUCGAUAUUUCAAUUUCAGUUCUCAACUAACUUAUUAUUGUAAAUUCGUCAGUGCGUAUUGUUAAUAUUUAUUGGUAAACUGCGUUUUUUGUUAGGAACUUUGAAAUAUCGAUGAUACAAAGGGACAUUCUUAAUUCACGGUGCGAAUAUACCGCUUGGAGAAAAUGUUUGCAAGAUAAUAAAUAUAAUAUUUACCAAGCUCUGGGAACCUAUCGAAAUUCUCAAGACUUCCAAAACGUUCGAGACUUCCAAGAUUUUCUAAAGCUUUCAAAACGCCCAAAACUUAAUCGAGACAUAAGAACUCCAAGCAUCGAAUUACGCGUGAAACGAAUCGAAUUGUUCGUUGCAUAUACGGAUUCGAAGCGAUUGGAAAUGUGUCAGAUCUCGUGGCUAUAUGUGGCGAACGAGCAGGUAUUAAAAUAGCAACAACUCUCUUCUAUUCGCACGACGACGUGCAGAUUUGAAAGCGGAGAAUCAUUUAUAUUCGGGAUUUUUCACGAGACGUUUUUGUCGAACAUAAUGCACGACGUGCUUUCACUAUCGUUCUCGCUGCGACGAAAAGAAAGUGCUGUAACCCGUCCCCGUUGCGAAAAUCACCCUGUAACACAUCGUUCGACCGAUCCAUAGGUAUACACCGAUCGAACGUUAUCGAUCGAUAAAUCAAUCCCUUUUGACGUGCCACGUUGUCAAGCCAGGAAGAAACAUACGAUUGUUCGUAACGAGCCGUUAUUCUUCGAUAUCGAAUAGAAGGAAAAAAAGAUGGAGGAAUGUUACUAAUCACCGUAAUAAUUGUAAUUGUAAUGCUCGACGCUUGGAAAAAAAAAAAAAAAGAAAGAAGAGAAACCGAGACGGCCGACGGAAGCUUUUAUUCCAUUCGCAAUCCCGCCGCCUCGUGUGUCCGACUACCCCGUUAACUGUAAUUUACUAUUACGAUUAUAUGUUACGCUAUACGCAAAAUGGAGACAGAAUUUUAUUUACCAAAUACGAGUUUUUUAAUAAAACACUUUUUUGUGAAAGAUACAAACCUG